UGCGCACCCUCCCCAAGGUUACAGCCGCUGUCCUUAGCCCUUGCUUGCCUCUGGGCGCCCUAGUCAACCAUCUACCCUCCGCAAACCUUUGCAGCUGAGGAUAGGGGCUUCCCUACAUUAGAGAACGGGUCUCCUCGCCUGACCAAAAGCACAAGCUCAGAUGCUGGAGAUGACAGGAGACCCAGACCCCCAUAUUGUUUCCCCCCUGCAGUUUUUUCCUCGGGCCCUCCCUUCCACUACGAACCAAUCAGGGCAAUGGGAAGUGGCUGUGCGUAGAUGCCCACGUUUCCUUCCCUCCCUCCGUUCUCACGUUGAAGCCUCCGCGGCUGUAUAAAAACCGGCCAUUUCGGUCGCUCGGUCUCACUGAGCCGGCAGUCUCCAUCAGCACCAGGUUAGCCCGACGUCGUCCUCCUCCCAUUCCAUCGGAGUGAAGUGAUUCUUGUGCGCGCUCCAGUUUCUUCCCAGCAUCAUGACUGACGCGGCCAUUUCUUUCCUGAAAGAUUUUCUGGCGGGCGGAGUGGCAGCCGCCAUCUCCAAGACAGCGGUGGCCCCCAUCGAGAGAGUCAAGCUGCUGCUGCAGGUACAACAUGCAAGCAAGCAGAUCACGGCAGACAAGCAGUACAAGGGAAUCAUUGACUGUGUGGUCCGGAUCCCCAAGGAGCAAGGCUUCCUGUCUUUCUGGCGUGGCAAUUUGGCCAAUGUUAUCAGAUACUUCCCCACUCAGGCCCUCAACUUUGCUUUCAAAGACAAAUACAAGCAGAUCUUUCUGGGUGGAGUUGACAAAAGAACCCAGUUUUGGCGUUAUUUUGCUGGCAACUUGGCAUCCGGUGGUGCUGCUGGCGCUACCUCUCUCUGCUUCGUCUACCCUCUUGACUUUGCCCGAACGCGUCUGGCAGCUGAUGUGGGUAAAGCUGGGGCUGACCGUGAAUUCAAGGGCCUUGGAGACUGCUUGGUCAAGAUCUUCAAGUCUGAUGGCAUUCGGGGGCUGUACCAAGGCUUCAAUGUGUCUGUCCAGGGCAUCAUUAUCUACAGAGCAGCUUAUUUUGGCGUCUAUGAUACUGCAAAGGGGAUGCUUCCUGAUCCAAAGAAUACCCACAUCUUGAUCAGCUGGAUGAUUGCUCAGACGGUUACUGCUGUUGCUGGCCUGACCUCAUAUCCGUUUGAUACAGUCCGGCGGCGUAUGAUGAUGCAGUCUGGCCGCAAAGGGGCUGAUAUCAUGUAUUCUGGUACAAUUGACUGCUGGCGGAAGAUUGCCCGUGAUGAGGGUUCAAAGGCUUUCUUCAAAGGCGCGUGGUCCAAUGUCCUCAGAGGAAUGGGGGGUGCUUUUGUCCUAGUCUUGUAUGAUGAAAUCAAGAAAUACACAUAAGCUGUUUCCUACUAUGGAUGGCGCCUGUUAUGUAACAUUCAUGGACUUUGUCAAAACUAUUUAUCCGUUUCCCCAAGAUUUCUACUGGUUGGUAAAGGGGCCACAGUUCUACUUGCCUGACCUGUUAACAAGUCAUUCCCCUGACAAACGGGACUCAAACUUUAUUUUUAUUCAGCCACUCCUGUUUAAAUAAGUUUGAGAGAAAUAAAAACACCAAAAAACCUGGAA